AUGACAAUCCGUGUGUUACUGAGGGACCAUCCUCAUCGCGCGAUUGCACUGGCAACUGAUGACCACAUCUUGACCUUCCGCCAUAGUCCCUCGACUGCUGGCGCCUCUUCGCUUUCCGUCAACUCCACCCAAAGCGCGACUCUGCAGCCAAAAUGUAUGGUCGAGUUUGCGAAGACUGCUGAUACUGAUACCACCGAUUUUCGAUCAUUGACUUCUCUUUCGGUGUUCGGAACACUUGGCUUGAUCACGGUCAACGGCGAUAUCUUUCUGUGCGUUGUUAAUGGAGCACAAAGAGCUGCCACAGUGAGGGAUGGCGAGAACGUCUUAAAGAUCACCUCCGUCGAGUUCCAUUGCAUAAACAAGUCCGACUAUGACUAUCUUGUUCUGGAUCGUAUCAACAACUUCUCGACAGACGAUGUCGAUGAAGAUGGUUUCGACCAUUAUCAUGCUAGAGAUCCUGCCAUGGAACACCCUUGCAUGGCCAUGAAGAAACUGCUCAGUGGAGGCACCUUCUACUACAGCGCAGACUUCGAUCUGACAAGACGUCUCCAAGACAGAUCAUCAUUGUCAGCAACUGUUGCAAUCGACAGUCUGGAUGCCGGCUUUCUAUGGAACUCAUACAUGAUCCAACCACUGGUCAGCUUUCGCUCCAGGUUAUCAGAGCGAGAAAGAAGAGAUCUGGAUGCUUCUCGCAUGUUGACAUCUGCGAUACGCGGUUUUGCCAUGACCCUAACAGUUCCCCCUGCAUCUUCGCCGAUCAGCCACACAUCUUCUGGCUUUCCUUCCACACUAACAUUGCUAUCUCGUCUAUCCUGCCGUAGAGCUGGUACUCGUUUCAAUGCACGAGGUAUUGACGACGAUGGCAAUGUUGCCAAUUUCGUCGAGACUGAGGUCAUCUUUUCUACGCCUGCAGGUACAAGCUUCUCUUAUGUGCAAGUACGAGGCAGUAUUCCUCUGUUCUGGGAACAAGCAGCAGGCUUCACUCCAGGACAGCAAAAGAUACAGCUUACUCGGUCUGCUGAGGCAUCACAACCUGCAUUCGACAAACACAUGUCUGACCUGGAGAUCACCUAUGGCAACAUCCACGUAGUCAAUUUGCUCAGCAAUGAAAAACCUGGUGAACUCGAGCUCAGUCGGAGGUAUCAAUCCCAUGUUCGUAACAGUCCUCUAAAUCUGCCUUCUGGCGAGCCCGGGGAAAAAGAGGUUGAAGACCACGAGCUCAUCAAAGAGACUGACUACGAUUUCCACGCCGAGACUCGCGCACUUGGAUACGAAGCAGCAAAGGGCAUCAGAAGAUACGUCCAGGACUCGAUCGAAAACUUUGCCUACUUUCUCUCCGAAGAAGUAGAUGAUCAACCGAAGAAUGCCAACGGUAGGCCACAAUCGGUUAUUCGAAGGAACAUGGGCAUUCUACAGCAGGAAGGCGUAUUCCGUACGAAUUGUCUUGACUGUUUGGACAGGACGAACCUGAUACAGACACUCAUCAGUCAAAUGGCUAUCCAAGAGUUCUUGAACCAGCGAGGCGAGAGGACAGCAACCAACGAUUUCUGGGUUCGACAUGGAACCCUCUGGGCUGAUAACGGUGAUGCCUUGUCUCGAAUCUAUGCAGGCACCGGAGCACUAAAGUCCUCGUUCACCAGACAUGGCAAGUCGUCUAUCGCGGGCGCUUUUGCAGACUUCCGCAAGAGUGCAACUCGAUUGUAUAUCAACAACUUCGAGGACAAAGGCAGACAAAACGUCAUUGAUAUGCUCUUGGGUCGUUUGGUUGAGCAAGUUCCUGUUCAUCUCUUCGACCCUAUCAACGACUGGGUUUCUGCAGAGCUUACAAAGAGGACAAACGAGUAUUCAGCUUGCGACAAUAUCAACAUCUAUGUUGGUACAUUCAACCUCAAUGGCAAAACUAGGGGCUUGUCUGAGGAUCUCUCGCCCUGGCUGUGUCCACCUGUCGAUCUUUCUCAGCAACAGCCCGAGAUUGUGGCUGUCGGCUUUCAAGAGAUCGUCGAUCUUAGUCCUCAACAGAUCAUGUCUACGGAUCCUCAUAGGAGACAAGCAUGGGAGGAUGCAGUCAAGACGACGUUGAAUGAGCAUGCUCAAACUCUAGGAUCGGAAGAAUAUGUCAUGCUGAGAGGUGGACAGCUGGUCGGUUGCUCUCUAUCUGUCUUUGUCAAAGCGAGCAUUCUGCCAUAUAUAAAGAAUGUGGAAGGUGCUCUGAAGAAGACCGGCAUGUCCGGUAUGGCAGGCAACAAGGGUGCUGUGGCUAUCCGUAUGGAGUAUGCCAACACAUCCAUCUGCUUGGUCACUGCACAUUUGGCUGCAGGAUUUGCCAAUUACGAGGAGCGGAACCAGGACUACCGAACGAUCAGCCAUGGGCUUCGAUUUGCAAGGAAUAGGUCAAUUGAAGAUCACGACACCAUCAUCUGGCUUGGCGACUUCAAUUAUCGUAUCGGGAUGGCCAAUGAGAAGACGAGGCAGCUGGUUAAGAUGGGCGACCUCGAAAAACUCUACGAAAACGAUCAGCUCAAUCUCCAGAUGGUUCAUGGCAAGACCUUCCCAUACUACAACGAGGCCAGAAUCACUUUCUUGCCGACAUACAAAUACGAUGUCGGUACGGAUGAAUAUGACAGCAGCGACAAAGCUCGCAUCCCUGCAUGGUGUGAUCGUGUCUUGACCAAAGGCCACAAUUUGCGUCAGAUACACUACAAUACUGCACCUCUAAAGUUCUCAGACCAUCGACCUGUCUACGCCACUUUCCAAUGCACAAUCACCGUCAUUGAUGAAAAGAAAAAGCAAGAAAUCAGCGAAGGACUCUACAAACACAGACGUGCUGUAGUCGGUGGGCAUACUGCCACGAGAGCUGACGAUAGCGAUGACGAAGAUCUACUCGGCUAUGAGUCCAUUGAGCCUGGCUUGCCGCCAGCAAGUUCGGACAGAAGAAAAUGGUGGCUGGACAAUGGUAUGCCGGCUCGCUCGACGGUGAAACCUCCAAGCGACGGACACGUCCGCAAUCCGCAACGAGCACCCAAUCCGUUCAGUGCUACUACUGAGCCCGACUGGGUCAAAGUACCUCGACCCAAUCCACCACCCCCACGCUCAUUGUCCGUCCGCGAACGCAACACUUCGGCAGCAUCGACAUCAUUGAAUGAAAACUUGGAGAGAAAAGCAAUAGCAGGAAGCCGAAAAUUACCUCCAGCAUGGCCUCCACACCAACCUUCACAGCCUACAGCACCCUCCCGAACCUCUUCCUACCAACCCAGUCUCCUCGACGACCCAAUCUCCGAAGCAGAUCCGGCACCACCACGUCUCCCCCGCCGACCCUCUACAGCAUCCCAGCACUCAAUCAUUCGCAAAGCCGCACCUCCAGUCCCCAAAAAGCCGUCUACUCUGCGCUCAGAAUCUCCCUCUGGUAGCACCAGAGAUGAAGCGUUUGCCCCGAAACUGCCGAAGAGAAUCAAUACACUGCCUGUGCAGCAGCAAUCGCCGGUUGUUGCAAAGAGUGUGAGUAUGCCUGUGUUGCCGCCGUCGAGGAGGAGUACGGUGGAGGUUAAUGCAAAGGGGAUAGAGAGCUGGAGCAGACAGACCAGUGGGGCGCAGAGUAUGUUUAGUGCAAAGAGUACGCAGGUGAAGGGGGAGGAUGGACCGCCGUUGCCGCCGAGGAGAGGGACGGGGUUAGGACAGGGGAAAGCACAGGCACAGAAGAAUUUGUUGGAUGAUGAGGAGGAUGGGAUGGCUGCGUGGAAGCCUUUGAGACCUAAUUGA